AUGGUGGACGAACGUACGCUCCUGCGUUCGGCCACAGCGAAAAGGGAAGCAGGCGAGGGACCGAUACGUGAUCGAUGGGCAUCAUACCAUGUCAAAACGGGUGCUCUUCGCUGCAAAGCCUGUGAUUUUACCGUUAUUAAACAUGAACGAUUAUGGGGUCCUCAUACACUCUCCAAGUCGCAUCGUGACCAUGUACGCGCCUUUCUGGAAGCAGAAGCACAGACAGAGAAGGCAAAGCAAGGAAGUACAGAAGAUGAGAUGGUAGCCUCAUCGCUUGAAGACACACCUUCUACUCUCGUUCCCGAUUCUGCGCCAUUGAAGCGCAAAGACACAGAGUCCGACCCCACGCUGCCGCAUGACAAUAAAGCGAUGGACACAAAGAGAGCAAAGGUAGAAGACAAUUUUGACCUUGAAUGGGCCGAAUUCCAGCGCACAGUGCUCACGCCUGCCGAGCAAGGUAUGCUGAAACCAUCAUCCACAACUAUAUCGGCGGAACCGGAACUGUUUGACGCAUCGCAAGCACAAGAGCUAACAGAGAAAGAAGAGUCAGAGGCGGAACGCCGUGCGCGUCUAGAUCGUGCGGCGCGUGAAGAUAUUCUAGCACGCAUUGAAGAAGAACAGCAAGCACAGGAAGAAGGUGAAGAACGCGUAAGGGCAUUGCGUGCCAAAUUUGCUCGAAUUAAGGAGUCUCGUAACAAGCGUGUGUAA